AUGGGUGGGCUCACAGCACUCCCCUCCCUUUACUCUCCUCUUGCAUUCCCCAUCGGUCAGAUCAGUCCGAGUGCAGCUUCAGCGGACAGGAGCACCGGGGACAUGCCAGUGAGCGUCGUGCUAGAGGGGCCCGCUCCAUGGGGCUUCCGUCUGACCGGGGGCAAGGACUUCAACCAGCCCCUCACCAUCUCCAGGACUGCCAUGUUUGGUCAGGACGCGCUGCUCCUGGGUCUGCUCUGUUUCCAUCUGAAUGAGUCCAGGCUCUGGUCUCCACGAGUGGUAGAAGACGGGAGGGCACAUCCAUACAAAAUGAACUUGGAAGCAGAGCAGCAGGUGUUUAAGCCCAUUGGAACAGCUCACAACCGCAAAGCCCAGCCCUUCAUCGCCGCCGCUAACCUCGACGACACGCAUCAGGUGGCCAGCGCGUCUUACAACACACCCAUUGGCCUCUACUCAUCAGGCAACAUCCAGGACGCCAUGGAGGGGCAGAUCCGGGGCCUUGUGCACCCCAGACAAGUCAGCCCGCGGACCUUGAACAGUAUCGAAGACUCCGACGUGUACCGUAUGCUGCAGCAGGACCACGAGGAGCCUCUGGAGCCCAGGCAGUCUGGCUCAUUCAGGGCCCUGCAGGAGUUUGUGGAUGGAGACGGCACUCGGCCGAUAGUGACCCGCAGCGUGAAGGCCCCCACCACAAAGCCCCACGCUCCCACCGGGAACCUGCAGAAGCUGCCUGUGUGCGACAAGUGUGGGAACGGCAUUGUCGGCACUGUGGUGAAGGUGCGGGACAAAUACCGCCACCCUGGCUGCUUUGUGUGCUCCGACUGCGACGAGAACCUGAAACAGAAGGGGUAUUUCUUUGUGGAAGGCCAGCUGUACUGCGAGAGCCACGCCCGGGCCAGGAUGAGGCCCCCAGAGGGACAAGACCUCAUCACGACCUACCCCUCUGCAUAG